AUGAAUCUUGUCAAGGUAGCAAAAUCACGUCUGCAAAUAAUGAGGGAAAAAGAUUGGGAUGUAUUGCUUGCUGAUGUUUCUAAGUUUUGUAGCAAAUAUGAACUGGAUGUACUUGACAUGGAAGAUGAGUUUGUAGCUCGAAAAAAAGGAAGACGUAGAGCUGAGAAAAUAAAGAAUCUCCACUAUUAUCGAGUUGAGCUCUUUUGUUCUGUUAUUGACUUGCAAGCUCAAGAGUUGAAUCAACGUUUUGAUGAAGUCAACACAGACUUAGUUUUAUGCAUGUCAUGUUUUGAUCCUAGGGAUUUAUUUUCUGCAUUUGAUUUGGAGAAGCUGCUUCGUCUUGCACGGUAUUAUCCUUCUGAAUUUUCUGAAGUUGCUUUGUCCGAGCUUAAAAGUCAACUUGAGAACUUUAUUUUCGAUGUGCGCAUAGAUGAAAAGUUUUCACAAAUAUCAGGAAUCAGUGGUCUUGCUCAAAAGAUGGUUUCUACAAGGAAACAUGAAGUUUUUCCAAUAGUUUAUUCAUUAGUUAAGUUGUCAUUGAUCUUACCAGUUGCCACUGCAUCAGUAGAAAUAGCCUUUUCAGCAAUGAAGAUCAUCAAGACUUCUCUACCGGUUUCAGAAGAUGAAGAAUAG